AUGUCACUUUCAGCGGUGGUCAGAUACUUUCUUAGGCCACUCUUCCGACAUGAGGAAGAUAAGCAUCAGCGAAAAGGUGACCGUGAUACAGCUCAGUUCUGCCGCCUACUCCAGCUUCCUAGAUGUGGAAUUUCUCUUCUCUCAUAUAGGCAUAUCUGGCAGCCCGUUGAAAGAUAUAUUCAAAUGUACUUCAAGCUACGCUUCUCAAUACAGCGCGAAGUCUACCUGCGAGCCAAGCAUGACAUGUUGUACGAGGCAUCGACGAAAGUCCCGUCUACUUCUGUAGAUGAGAUGCAAACCUACAAAAAAGAACUCCGCUCUCUCAGAGAAACAAACUGCAACCUGGAACGAGAAACCUAUCGCUGUUUAAAUACACUUCCCGACGGGCCUCUAGGGCGGAUACUGUACGCACAUCAACAACAGAAGGAUUGGUAUCUCUCCAGCUUUCUGCGCCAGGAAUGUGCACGCUCCGGAGGGUGCUGUGGACGGGAAUGCGGAUGCUGCGAGAAGCCAAGAACUGAUAAGCAUCCGCUCCAUAAGAGCCAUUGCACUUCAAUGUGCUUAUGCUGCGAAGAUGCAAGGGGGUAUCCUGUGGAAGUUGAGAAAUAUGAGAAUAAUCCGAUGAUCGUGGAUGUCUUUCUAUGCGGCUACCGCAACUUCUCCAGGGUCUAUUUAAGGUAUUGGGUAAAUGCCUAUGUCUUUGGAUUCGAGUAAUGAGGAAUCCCAGGCGCAUUAGCUCGCAGCUUCAGUCGACCUAACAAGCUGCCUGACUAUAUUGCUAAUGCUAAACCUUAAUUCAUCAUUGGGAACCAAAUCAAAAGCUUCCUGAAUUCAGUCUUGCUAUCAUGGUUUUAGUAACUUCUUCGUUGUAGCAACCACGUGGUUCAACAUCUGUAAGUAAAGAGUAGCCUACAAUUAAAGAUCCAGGUUGAAUUGAAUUGGGAAGAGACAUUUUCUAUAACGCUUUUGUGCGAAUGGAG